AUGACACAGAACCAGACAUGGGUCCCAGAGUUUGUCCUGCAGGGAUUUCCGCUCAGCCCAAGAAUGCAAAUGCUUCUCUGUGGCCUCUUCUCCUUGUUCUACACUUUCACCCUGCUGGGGAAUGGAGUCAUUCUGGGACUCAUCUGGCUGGACUCCAAACUGCACACCCCCAUGUACUUCUUUCUCUCCCAUUUGGCUGUCGUCGAUAUUUCAUAUGCUUCCAACAAUGUCCCCAAGAUGUUGGCAAACCUUCUUGAUAAGAAAAAAACUAUUUCUUUUGCCCCAUGUAUAAUGCAGACAUUUUUAUACAUGGCUUUUGCUCACACUGAGUGUCUCAUCCUGGUAAUGAUGUCCUAUGAUCGGUAUGUAGCCAUCUGCCACCCCUUGCAAUACUCUGUCAUCAUGGGCUGGAAAGUGUGUACCAUCAUGGCUGUUGUUUCCUGGGCAUGUGGCUCCCUUCUAGCCUUGGUCCAUGUAAUUCUCAUCCUGAGGUUGCCUUUCUGUGGGCCCCAUCAAAUCAAUCACUUCUUCUGUGAAAUCCUGUCCGUCCUCAAGCUGGCCUGUGCUGACACAAUGCUCAAUCAAAUUGUCAUUUUUGCUGCUUCUGUGUUCAUCUUAGUGGGACCAUUAUGCUUGGUGCUGGUCUCCUACACACGCAUCCUGAUUGCCAUCCUGAAGAUCCAGUCAGGGGAGGGCCGAAAGAAGGCCUUCUCUACCUGCUCCUCCCACCUCUGUGUGGUUGGGCUCUUCUUUGGCAGCGCCAUCGUCAUGUACAUGGCCCCCAAGUCUCAGAACCCCGAGACACAGCAGAAGAUCCUUUCCUUGUUUUACAGUCUUUUCAACCCCAUGCUGAACCCCCUGAUCUACAGCUUGAGGAAUGCUGAGGUCAAGGGUGCUGUGAAGAGAGUGUUGUGGAAACAGAGAUCAAGAUGA